UGUGCUGUGCGGACGUCAGCGCAUCGUUUUGUCGCGCAUUCGUGGAUCGCAUACCCGUUUUGUCGUAGUCGCCCGUGGCGCGGUAACUGCCGCACCUCCCCUCAGCUCCUCUCACGCACUCUUGCCGCCUACGCCGGAGCUAAAGGCGCGCGCGACAAGUGAAGCACACAGUUUAUACAUACAUACAUACGCAUCUAUAUUCAUCUAUAUGCGUGUCGGUGUGUGUGCUUGAGUUUUUGCCUAUAUUUGCAUUUGUAUAUCGUGUUUACCGUGUGUCGCGUUGAUUUCUUUUGUUUGCUGGCCAAUUGUUGGGCUUAAUUAAUUGCAAGUAGCAUAUGGCGCAGCAGCAGCAACAACAACGACCACAAAUACAUUGAGAGACGUCGAGUCGAGUAUAUUUCGCAACAAAUGAAAAGGUAUUGAAAAAAAGUGCUUACUUCUCCACCAAUACACAUACACAAAAGCCAGCACAAGCAGAAAAAGCAAACAGCGGCAAACGAAGCAGCAGACGAAGCCAACACAAAACCAGUUUUCGACAACGCAAGCAGCGCAGUCGCAGCGGUCCGAUAGCGAACAGCAAUGCGAUUCAGCACAACUGCCACAACAGCAACAACAACAACAACAACUGCAACUUAAUUGGCGCGCGUGUCAAAGAGCAGCAGCUCAAGUGAAUCGGCUACAUUAAAUCAACUCAACUCAGCAUAUACCUUACGUAAACUCCGUGUCGUCUGGCUGGUACGAGAUGGCCAAGGAACCGCAGAUGAACCCUCAAACGCUGCUUGCGGCCUUACUGGCCAUUAGCGCAGCCCUCUCGCUGGGCAGUGCUGAGAGCUCAUCAAGCUGUGGACCCAACUUUCCGGUUGCCUGCUCCUGCGGCAAUGAGAUGUACGAGAGUGCCGUUCAGUUCAUUGUGAACUGCACCAAUGCGGGCUUGCACAAUACCAGCGUUCUGGAGUACAUGCCGGAGCAGGUCGAGAUACUCAUCUUUACGGGAAACUAUAUAACGGAGCUGCCAUGGAACGUCUUUGGCAGCAUCAAUGACUACAAACAGCUAAAGAUCGUGGACAUGAGCAGCAAUCAUAUACGCGAGAUUCGUGGCAAGAGUUAUCAUCAUGUGCCACGCGUUGAACGCCUCAUCCUGAACCACAACAAUUUGAGCAUUUCCCGUUACGACGACGAGGUGAAUCAUCAUCAUCCGCGCGUCUUCUCUAACUUUGUCAAUCUGCAAAGCCUUCAUCUGACCGACGCCUUCGAAGACCACAGCUCGCCGCAACUGAGCGAAGAUCUGCACGAUAUUUUCGUCAACAGCCAGCUGGUGAAGCUGGAGAAGCUGCAUCUGGAGCAGAACGAGAUAACGCACUUCAAGGAUCGCAACGUGUUUUGUGAUCUGCCCGCACUACGCGAUCUGCAUUUGGGCGACAAUCUACUGAAGGACAUUAAUUUUGAGGUGCGUUGUCUAAGCAACCUUCGUUUUCUGGAUCUUGAGCGGAACAAGUUUGAGUUUGUCAAACCCAGCGAUAUGCGCCUGCUUAACGAACUGCAGGAGCGCGAGAAUCGCAGCGUCAAUCUGAUCGUCGACUUUAAUCUGAAUCCCUUUGUCUGCGAUUGCAAAAUAUCACCUUUCCGCACGUGGCUGCAGGCGACGCGAGUUCAAGUGCGCAAUCAGGAUAGCCUCAUGUGCUUCCAUGGCCUGCAACAUGUUGAUCCGGCGCCGGCGCACAUCCUUCAACUGGACAUGGGCGAGUGUGCAGCCACAAUGGCAGCGGCUGCCUCGUUUCUGAAUAUCGCCGAAAAUGAGCAGCUGUACGGCCAACUACAGCCACAUAUUAGUGGGCACACGGCCACACUGAUCUUUCUGCUGAUUGUGCUUAGCAUGAUACUGUUGGGUCUGCUGGUGGCCCUCGUCUAUGUCAGCCGCGACAAAUUGAAAUACAUGAUGACUCCGGUGUUCGACAACGUGGCCAAGAAAGUGCAGUAUACAUCGAUCAAGGAUGAGGAUUGCCCGGAGGUUCAUGUCUAAGCACAACUGCAAAUCCCACCCACACGUCCAUAUCAAACAGUAGCAACAGAACUAAGUAAAGUUUCGUUUGAUUACCAUUUUAUUUUUAUUUUGCCAUUCGCAUAGCGCAAAUGUGUGCCAUUCACAGGGAACGACGUCUAAGAAAGUAAAAUGUAUGCAACCAGCCCAAAUCUUUUGAAGAAACCCUAUUCAGUUAACUGUAUUUAAAAGCAAAAUAAACACUCACAAACCUAUUGUUUGAUAGUACAUAAGUGAAUUGUUGCAUUUAAGAUAAUAGAAGAUCAACUAAAAUGUGGCAAAGUUGGUUGAUUACACGCAAUUACAGCAAUAAUGUUAGCGAUUGUCUAAGUAGCAUUAAGCCUUAACUGUUAUGCGUUCUUUGAUUUCAAUGGCCUGACAGCUAAUAAUAUUUCAAAUCCCCAAACAUACGAAUAUAGUAAAAACGUACUUACCCUACAUAUACAUACAUGCAUACACAUACAUACAUAUAUAUUGUAACAAACACGUUAGUGUAAUCU